AUGGAAAGCUCGCUUCGAAGCAUUCUGCAUGCUAGCGAGCCGACGUACGAACCAGGUAUUCUGCAUUCCGGACAUCUACCGGAGUCGAGCAACGGCGUCUUCGAACCCCUCGACGGCGCGCGUGGAGUGACUGAGUCUCGAAAGCGGCCUGUUACGCGGAUCAGGUCGAGUUAUCCGCGGAAAAGAGCCAUUCAAGCAUGUCAGAAGUGCCGAAUAAGGCGAACAAAGUGCAACAAUGCACGACCUUCCUGCUCUUCCUGCUCGUCGAUUGGUGCCGAGUGUACAUAUUCCGAAGGGGACAAUUCCACUUUCGAUGCAGCAAGUUUAGCAAUACUUGACAAGUUGAACACCAUCGAAGAGCUCCUGAGAGGCACCAAUGACCGGGGACAAGCUCACGAGGCAGCUGCUGCUGCUGCCGCAAGCAUCGCCGAGACAGAUGCGCGCGGCACCUUGUCACGGCUGAAGUCCCUGAAUUCUCCUAGCCUUGAGCGGGCUAAAGAUUCAGCCCCUUUCCACAUGAAUAUCGAGGGCGUGCUCUCAUGGUCUGUGUUUGAUGAUCUAAGUCCCAACCUUGAUUUGAAAGGACUUUUGAAUUCCGGCAAUCAAACAGCGCCUCCACUUCCAUCCGCGGUUGCAGACUUCGAUGAUCAUAUCGCAGAGGAGACACUUGUUGCGCGGUUCAUGAACAAUGUCUUCAUAUACAAUCCUGUUCUUGAGGAAGCUAAAAUCCACCGGUACAUGCGUGAUGCUCGGUACAAUGGGAUCGGCUGGGACGCCCAGUCCUGUAUAUUGCUUUUGAUAUAUGCUCACGGCUCGAUAGCGGGCCCUUUCGAUGGAGGCCAUCAACAAGAGGCUGCGUCAUUCCGCACAACGCCUCAAUUCAAGCAAGCCGAAUCGUUCUUCUCCGCCGCUCAAAAGCGUAUGGGCCUGCUGCUUUGCAGAACUGGCGUUCUAGAGGCACAAUGUUUCUUCCUCGCAGGAGUGUACCUGAUGGCGACAUUGCGUCCCAUGGAAGCGUGGAAGAUGUUCGUGCAAGCUCUCGCAUGUUGCCAAGCGUUCUACACCGAGAAGGAGUCUCCCGAGACCGACAGGGAGGGAGAACAAAGACUCCGCGAGAGUAUAUAUUGGACUUGCUUCAAGUCUGAGCUGGAGCUGCGGCUGGAGCUCAACGUGUCCGAGACCUCGAUCUGGGAUCUGACAUACCCUGCAUUCUUUCCUUCGCCACCAGACGGCCUCCGAUCUCAGAGGGAGAUUGUGUGGUACUUUUACCUCGCCGAGAUCGCGCUGAGGCGACUAGGGAACAGAAUCUUGAACUACGUGUACGACACGAAAUCUACCAGCUCAUUGGCGGACAUCGCUGAGUCGACUCUCGGCUUUGAACAGCAGGCCGCAGACUGGCUACGUUCGCUGCCACAAGCACUCGAUCUAGACUCGCCGGUCGAUGGUGACGACGGCAGAUUGCACAACUCGCUCAAAUUCAUCCUGAAGGGACACUUGCUUGACUGCUAUGAGAUGAUGUAUUGGCCUUUCAUUGUAUACGCGGUCAAUUAUGAUGCACCUGAAAGAACUGCUACCAUAUCGAAAGGGAUGAUGGACUCGUUUGUACAGAAGGCUCUAAUGAUCUGCGUUGAGAGGAUCGAGAAGAACGAAGAAGGCUUUCGAUACCGCCAUCAUGGCACAUGGUUGAUGCUGAGAUCUUGCACGAGAAGUGCUUUCGUUCUUCUCGCAGCCGCACGAAUUGAAAAACUUACACUGUUGUUGCCGCAGCGAUGGCGGUACGCUAUCGAAAAGGUCAUUGAGAUGUUGAAAUUCUGGAGGCGAGAAAGCUGGGAUGUAGAAGACAGGCUCAGACUUGUCGAGUCGCUUCUUGAUGGUCUGAUGAAUAGCCAUCGAGGGGAAUGA